AUGGACCACUCCUCGUUCAGCGGCGCGCCCCGCUUCCUAACCCGGCCCAAGGCCUUCGUGGUAUCGGUGGGCAAAGAUGCCACGCUGAGCUGCCAGAUCGUGGGCAACCCCAAGCCGCAAGUGAGCUGGGAGAAAGACCGGCAGCUGGUGGAGGCGGGUGGUCGCUUCCGCUUGGCCCAGGACGGCGACUUGUACCGCCUGACCAUCCUGGACCUGGCGCUGGGCGACAGUGGGCAGUACGUGUGCCGUGCGCGCAACGCCAUCGGCGAGGCCUUCGCGGCGGUCGGCCUGCAGGUGGACGCCGACGCUGCGUGCGCCGAGCAGGCGCCUCACUUCCUGCUGCGGCCCACCUCCAUCCGCGUGCGCGAGGGCGCGGAGGCCACCUUCCGCUGCCGCGUGCGCGGCUCGCCGCCCAUAUCGGUGAGCUGGGCCAAGGACGGGCGGCGCCUGGGUGUGCUGGACGCCCCCCGAGUGCGAGUGGAGGAGAGCGGCGAGGCGAGCGCUCUGCGCAUCCGCGCCGCACAGCCGAGAGACAGCGGCACCUAUACGGUGCACGCGGAGAACCCGCUGGGCGCCGCCAGCGCCGCCGCCGGGCUGACGGUGGACGCGGAGGCGGAGGCAGCCAGCCCGCCCGGGGCCUCCACCGCCAUGCUCCUGGCGCACCUGCAGCGGCGGCGCGAGGCCAUGCGCGCCGGGGGCGCCCCGGCCUCGCCGCCGAUCGCCGGCACGCGCACCUGCACGGUGACAGAAGGCAAACACGCGCGCCUCAGCUGCUUCGUGACGGGCGAGCCCAAGCCUGAGAUCGUGUGGAAGAAGGAUGGACAGCUGGUGGUGGAGGGCCGGCGGCACGUGGUAUACGAGGACGAGCAGGAGAACUUCGUGCUGAAGAUCCUCUUCUGCAAGCAGUCAGACUGUGGCCUCUACACCUGCACGGCGUCCAACCUCGUGGGCCAGACCUACAGCUCGGUGCUCGUCGUCGUGAGAGAGCCCACGCUGCCCUUCAGAAAGCGCCUGCAGGACCUGGAGGUACCGGAGAAGGCAUCAGCCAUGUUCCAGUGUGAGGUGCCGACGCCGGACGUGGAGUCCGCCUGGUAUAAGGAGGAGACGCGGCUGUGGGCCAGCGCCAAGUACCUCAUCGAGGAGGCGGGCGCGGAGCGCCGGCUGACGGUGCUCAACGUGACCUCUGACGACGACGCCGUGUACAUCUGUGAGACCGCAGAGGGCAGCCGCACGGUGGCCGAGCUGGCCGUGCAAGGCAACCUCCUUCGGAAGCUCCCGAGGAAGACAGCUGUGCGAGCGGGGGACACGGCCAUGUUCUGUGUGGAGCUGGCCAAGCCGGAGGGCCCCGUUCAGUGGCUGUGGAACCAGAAGGCGGUGGUGGCCGGGGGCCGGGUGGCCGUCACUGCUGAGGGCACGUGCCACACGCUGACCAUCUCUCGGUGCAGCCUGGAGGAUGUGGGUGAGGUGGCCUUUGUGGCUGGGGACUGCCGGACGUCCACCCAGUUUUGCGUGUCAGCCCCCAGGAGGCCACCCCUGCAUGCUCCUGAAGCCCCUGUGGUGAAGGCCCGGACAGAGAGCUCCGUGACUCUUGCCUGGUCCCCACCACCCCCCGGGGACCGCCCUGCUGCCAUCGAGGGCUACCUGGUGGAGAAGAAGAGACUGGGUGCCUACACCUGGAGCCGGUGCCAUGAAGAUGAGUGGGUGACCAUGCCUGAGCUGACUGUGGCUGGCGUGGCCGAGGAGGGGGAAUUCCAGUUCAGGGUGUCAGCUGUGAACAGCUUUGGCCAGAGCCCCUACCUCGAGUUCCCAGGAACUGUACACCUGGCUCCCCAGCUGGCUGUGAAAACGCCUCUGAAGGCAGUGCAGGCAGUGGAAGGCGGCGAGGUGACCUUCUCCGUGGACCUCACCACGGCCUCAUCAGGGGAGUGGUUCCUGGACGGGCGGGUCCUCAAGGCCAGCAGCGUGUAUGUGAUACACCGGGAUGGCACCCGCCACACUCUCACCAUCCGCUCGGUGCCUGUCAGCCUGCACGGGGCGGAGCUCAAGUUCGUAGCUGAUGGCAUCGAGAGCAGCAUCCGCAUGGAGGUCCGAGAGCCCUCGGUGGUGUUCGCCAAGGAGCAGCCGGCACGCAGUGACGUGCAGGCCGUGGCGGGAACCAGCGCCACGCUGAGCUGCGAGGUGGCCCAGGCCCAGACGGAGGUGACGUGGUACAAGGACGGCAAGAAGCUGAGUUCGAGCUCGAAAGUGCGUGUGGAGGCCACGGGCCGUGGGCGGCGGCUGGUGGUGCAGCAGGCGGGCAAGGCGGACGCCGGGGAGUACAGCUGCGAGGCCGGGGGCCAGAAGGUCUCCUUCCACCUGGACGUCACAGAGCCCUCGGUGGUGUUCGCCAAGGAGCAGCCAGCACGCAGUGACGUGCAGGCCGUGGCGGGAACCAGCGCCACGCUGAGCUGCGAGGUGGCCCAGGCCCAGACGGAGGUGACGUGGUACAAGGACGGCAAGAAGCUGAGUUCGAGCUCGAAAGUGCGUGUGGAGGCCACGGGCCGUGGGCGGCGGCUGGUGGUGCAGCAGGCGGGCAAGGCGGACGCCGGGGAGUACAGCUGCGAGGCCGGGGGCCAGAAGGUCUCCUUCCACCUGGACGUCACAGAGCCCUCGGUGGUGUUCGCCAAGGAGCAGCCGGCACGCAGUGACGUGCAGGCCGUGGCGGGAACCAGCGCCACGCUGAGCUGCGAGGUGGCCCAGGCCCAGACGGAGGUGACGUGGUACAAGGACGGCAAGAAGCUGAGUUCGAGCUCGAAAGUGCGUGUGGAGGCCACGGGCCGUGGGCGGCGGCUGGUGGUGCAGCAGGCGGGCAAGGCGGACGCCGGGGAGUACAGCUGCGAGGCCAGGGGCCAGAAGGUCUCCUUCCACCUGGAAGUCACAGGUCAGUCCUGUGCUGAGCUAGCUCCGGCACGCAGUGACGUGCAGGCCGUGGCGGGAACCAGCGCCACGCUGAGCUGCGAGGUGGCCCAGGCCCAGACGGAGGUGACGUGGUACAAGGACGGCAAGAAGCUGAGUUCGAGCUCGAAAGUGCGUGUGGAGGCCACGGGCCGUGGGCGGCGGCUGGUGGUGCAGCAGGCGGGCAAGGCGGACGCCGGGGAGUACAGCUGCGAGGCCGGGGGCCAGAAGGUCUCCUUCCACCUGGACGUCACAGAGCCCUCGGUGGUGUUCGCCAAGGAGCAGCCGGCACGCAGUGACGUGCAGGCCAUGGCGGGAACCAGCGCCACGCUGAGCUGCGAGGUGGCCCAGGCCCAGACGGAGGUGACGUGGUACAAGGACGGCAAGAAGCUGAGUUCGAGCUCGAAAGUGCGUGUGGAGGCCACGGGCCGUGGGCGGCGGCUGGUGGUGCAGCAGGCGGGCAAGGCGGACGCCGGGGAGUACAGCUGCGAGGCCGGGGGCCAGAAGGUCUCCUUCCACCUGGACGUCACAGAGCCCUCGGUGGUGUUCGCCAAGGAGCAGCCGGCACGCAGUGACGUGCAGGCCGUGGCGGGAACCAGCGCCACGCUGAGCUGCGAGGUGGCCCAGGCCCAGACGGAGGUGACGUGGUACAAGGACGGCAAGAAGCUGAGUUCGAGCUCGAAAGUGCGUGUGGAGGCCACGGGCCGUGGGCGGCGGCUGGUGGUGCAGCAGGCGGGCAAGGCGGACGCCGGGGAGUACAGCUGCGAGGCCGGGGGCCAGAAGGUCUCCUUCCACCUGGACGUCACAGAGCCCUCGGUGGUGUUCGCCAAGGAGCAGGCAGUGCGCAGUGACGUGCAGGCCGUGGCGGGAACCAGCGCCACGCUGAGCUGCGAGGUGGCCCAGGCCCAGACGGAGGUGACGUGGUACAAGGACGGCAGGAAGCUGAGUUCGAGCUCGAAAGUGCGUGUGGAGGCCACGGGCCGUGGGCGGCGGCUGGUGGUGCAGCAGGCGGGCAAGGCGGAUGCCGGGGAGUACAGCUGCGAGGCCGGGGGCCAGAAGAUCUCCUUCCACCUGGACAUCACAGAGCCCUCGGUGGUGUUCGCCAAGGAGCAGCCGGCUCGCAGUGACGUGCAGGCCGUGGCGGGAACCAGCGCCACGCUGAGCUGCGAGGUGGCCCAGGCCCAGACGGAGGUGACGUGGUACAAGGACGGCAAGAAGCUGAGUUCGAGCUCGAAAGUGCAUGUGGAGGCCACGGGCUGCACCCGGAAGCUGGUGGUGCAGCAGGCGGGCAAGGCGGACGCCGGGGAGUACAGCUGCGAGGCCGGGGGCCAGAAGGUCUCCUUCCACCUGGACGUCACAGAGCCCUCGGUGGUGUUCGCCAAGGAGCAGCCGGCACGCAGUGACGUGCAGGCCGUGGCGGGAACCAGCGCCACGCUGAGCUGCGAGGUGGCCCAGGCCCAGACGGAGGUGACGUGGUACAAGGACGGCAAGAAGCUGAGUUCGAGCUCGAAAGUGCGUGUGGAGGCCACGGGCCGUGGGCGGCAGCUGGUGGUGCAGCAGGCGGGCAAGGCGGACGCCGGGGAGUACAGCUGCGAGGCCGGGGGCCAGAAGGUCUCCUUCCACCUGGACGUCACAGAGCCCUCGGUGGUGUUUGCCAAGGAGCAGCCGGCACGCAGUGACGUGCAGGCCGUGGCGGGAACCAGCGCCACGCUGAGCUGCGAGGUGGCCCAGGCCCAGACGGAGGUGACGUGGUACAAGGACGGCAAGAAGCUGAGUUCGAGCUCGAAAGUGCGUGUGGAGGCCACGGGCCGUGGGCGGCGGCUGGUGGUGCAGCAGGCGGGCAAGGCGGACGCCGGGGAGUACAGCUGCGAGGCCGGGGGCCAGAAGGUCUCCUUCCACUUGGACGUCACAGAGCCCUCGGUGGUGUUCGCCAAGGAGCAGCCGGCACGCAGUGACGUGCAGGCCGUGGCGGGAACCAGCGCCACGCUGAGCUGCGAGGUGGCCCAGGCCCAGACGGAGGUGACGUGGUACAAGGACGGCAAGAAGCUGAGUUCGAGCUCGAAAGUGCGUGUGGAGGCCACGGGCCGUGGGCGGCGGCUGGUGGUGCAGCAGGCGGGCAAGGCGGACGUCGGGGAGUACAGCUGCGAGGCCGGGGGCCAGAAGGUCUCCUUCCACCUGGACGUCACAGGUCAGUCCUUUGUGGUACUUAGUCUUGUUUGGAGAUGUGACGUGCAGGCCGUGGUGGGAGCCAACACCAUGCUGAGCUGCGAGGUGGCCCAGGCCCAGACGGAGGUGACGUGGUACAAGGACGGCAAGAAGCUGAGUUCGAGCUCGAAAGUGCGUGUGGAGGCCACGGGCUGCACCCGGCGGCUGGUGGUGCAGCAGGCGGGCAAGGCGGACACCGGGGAGUACAGCUGCGAGGCCGGGGGCCAGAAGGUCUCCUUCCACCUGGACGUCACAGAGCCUAUGGUGGCGUUUGCCAAGGAGCAGGCAGUGCACACGGAGGUGCAGGCCAAGGCAGGAGCCCGCACCACGCUGAGCUGCGAGGUGGCCCAGGCCCAGACGGAGGUGACGUGGUUCAAGGAUGGCAAGAAGCUGAGUUCAAGCUCAAAAGUGCAUGUGGAGGCCACGGGCUGCACCCGGCGGCUGGUGCUGCAGCAGGCGGGCAAGGCAGAUGCAGGGGAGUACAGCUGCGAGGCCGGGGGCCAGAAGGUCUCCUUCCACCUGGACGUCACAGAGGUGGCUGCCAAGUUUUGCCGCCCCCUGGAGCCCGUGAGCGGGGAUCUGGGCGGCACGGCGACGCUGGUCUGUGAGCUGAGCCCCGAGCAGGCUGAGGUGGUGUGGCGCCGCGGAAGCACGCAGCUCCGGGCCGGCAAACGCUUCCAGAUGGCGGCUGCGGGGCCGCGGCGCUCGCUCACGGUGUCGGGCCUGCGGGCAGAGGAUGCAGGGGAGUACGUAUGUGAGAGCCGCGACGACCACACCAGCGCCACGCUCACCGUUAUUGUACCCCGCGUGGUCAAGUUCACGUCUGGGCUGAGCGCUGUGGUUGCGGAGGAGGGCGGCGAGGCCACUUUCCAGUGCGUGGUGACCCCCAGCGACGUGGCGGUCACAUGGUUCCGAGAUGGUGUCCAGCUACAGUCCGGAGAGAAGUUUCUCAUAUCGCAGAAGGGUGCCAGCCACAGCCUGACCAUCUUAAGCCUGGCCCUGGAGGAUGCCGGCCAGGUGACUGCGGAGGCUGAGGGCAUCGAAUCCACGGCCGCCCUCCGGGUCCGAGAGGCUCCGGUGUUGUUCAAAAAGAAGCUGGAGCCACAGACCGUGGAGGAGCGGAGCUCAGUGACCAUGGAGGUGGAGCUGACGCGGCCGUGGCCGGAGGUCAAGUGGACACGCAAUGCUGUCGCACUCGCGUCGGGCGAGAAAGUGGAGAUCCACGCCGAGGGCGCAAGUCACCGUCUGGUUCUCCAUGGCGUGGGUUUCGCUGACCGUGGCUUCUACGGCUGCGAGACACCAGACGAUAAGACACAGGCCAAGCUGACUGUGGAAAUGCGCCAGGUCCGGCUCGUGCGGGGCCUGCAGGCCGUGGAGGCGCAGGAGCAGGGCACAGCCACCAUGGAAGUAGAGCUGUCCCACGCGGACGUGGAGGGCAGCUGGACUCGAGACGGUCUUCGGCUGCAGCCGGGACCCAACUGCCAGCUGGCGGUGCACGGCCCCACACACACCCUCACGCUGUCACGGCUGCAGCGGCAGGACGGUGGCUUGGUGGCCUUCAGGGCGGAGGGCGUGCACACCUCUGCUCAUCUGGUGGUCACUGAGCUGCCCGUGAAGUUCGUCCGCCCUCUGCAGGACGUGGUGGCCACAGAGAAGGAGAAGGUGGCCCUGGACUGUGAGCUCUCACGCCCCAACGUGGAUGUGCGCUGGUUGAAGGACAGUGUGGAGCUGCGGGCAAGCAAGACCAUGGGCAUGGUGGCCCAGGGGGCCUGCAGGAGUCUCGUCAUUUACCGAUGUGAGCUUGGAGACCAGGGCGUGUACGUGUGCGAUGCCCACGAUGCUCAGAGCUCGGCCUCCCUGAAGGUGCAAGGCCGGAAUGUCCAGAUUGUGAGGCCUCUGGAGGAUGUGGAAGUGAUGGAGAAAGAGGGCGCCACCUUCUCCUGCGAGGUCUCCCACGAUGAGGUGCCUGCGCAGUGGUUCUGGGAGGACAGUAAGCUCCGGCCCAGUGACAACGUGAGGAUCCGCCAGGAAGGAAGGACAUACAUUCUCAUCUAUCGGAGGGUCCUGGUGGAAGAUGCAGGGGAAAUCAAGUUUGUAGCAGAAAAUGCAGAAUCGCGAGCCCAGCUCCGAGUCAAAGAGCUGCCCGUGUCCAUCCUUCGCCCACUGCGGGAUAAGAUUGCGAUGGAGAAGCACCGCGGCGUGCUCGAGUGCCAGAUGUCCAGGGCCAGUGCCCAGGUGCGGUGGUUCAAGGGCAGCGUGGAGCUGCAUCCCGGGGCCAAGUACGAGAUGGUCAGCGACGGCCUCUACCGCAAGCUGGUCAUCAACGCUGUCCAGCCUGAGGACGAGGACACCUACACGUGCGAUGCCGGCGACGUGAAGACCAGUGCACACUUCUUCGUAGAAGAGCAGUCCAUUGUGAUCGUGAGGGGCCUGCAGGAUGUGAUGGUGAUGGAGCCGGCGCCCGCCUGGUUCGAGUGUGAGACCUCCAUUCCCUCGGUGCGGCCCCCCAAGUGGCUGCUGGGAAAGACAGUGCUGCAGGCGGGGGCUGACGUGGGGAUAGAGCAGGAGGGCACGGUGCACCGGCUGACCCUGCGGCGCACCUACUCCACCAUGACGGGGCCGGUGCACUUCACCAUCGGCAAGUCACGCUCCACCGCCUCCCUGGUGGUCUCCGACGUCCCCGUGGUGCUCACACGGCCCCUGGAGCCCAAGGUGGGGCGGGAGAUGCAGUCCGUCAUCUUGUCCUGUGACUUCAAGCCUCCCCCCAAGGCUGUGCAGUGGUACAAGGAGGACACACCCCUGGCACCAUCCAGCAAGUUCAAGAUGAGGCUGGAGGGCCACAUGGCAGAGCUGCGUGUCCUGCGGCUCACCCCUGAGGACGCCGGUGUCUACCGGUGCCAGGCUGGCAGUGCCCAGAGCAGCGCGGAGGUCACUGUGGAAGAACGGAAGGUGACGGUGACGCAGCCGCUGGAGGACGUGGAGGUCCUGGAGGAGGGCCGUGCCUGCUUCUCCUGCGAGCUGUCCCAUGAGGAUGAAGAGGUGGACUGGUUGCUCAAUGGGACGCCGCUGUAUAACGACAGCUUCCACGAGAUCACCCACGAGGGCCGCCGCCACACGCUGGUGCUGAAGCGGGUCCGGCAGGCUGACAGGGGCACCGUGAGCAUCUCCUCCCCCAAGGUUGCGGCCUCCGCCCACCUGGCGGUCAGAGGGAAGCCGGUGGUGUUCCUGAAGGCCUUGGACGAUGUGUCUGCAGAGGAGCGGGGCACACUGACCUUGCAGUGCGAGGUGUCUGACCAGCACGCCCACGUGGUGUGGCGGAAGGACGGCGUGGAGUUGGGCCCCAGUGACAAGUAUGACUUCCUAAACACGGCGGGCACGCGAGGCCUCGUGGUGCACGGCCUGACUCGGGAUGAUGCCGGCCUGUACACCUGCGACGUGGGCACUGAUGAGACCCGUGCUCGUGUCAGCGUGCAUGAGCUGCACGUGGGCAUCACCAAGAGGCUGAAGACGGUGGAGGUGCUGGAGGGCGAGAGCUGCAGCUUCGAGUGCAUCCUGUCCCAUGAGGACACUGGCGGUGUGGCUGAGUGGACAGUGAGCGGGAAAACAGUGGGCAGCUCUGGCCGCUUCUGUGCCACGCGCCAGGGCCGCAAGUACACUCUAGCUGUCCGAGAUGCCGUGCCAAGUGAUGCUGGGGAGGUGGUCUUCUCUGUGCGGGGCCUCACCUCCAAGGCCUCACUCAUCGUCAAAGAGAAGUCAGUUGACAUUAUGAAGCCACUGGAAGACCAGCAGGCCACGCUGGGUGAGGAUGUGGUGCUGAGGUGUGAGCUGUCGCGGGAGGGGACCCCAGUGCACUGGCUGAAGGAUGGGAAGGCCAUCCGCAAGAGUCAGAAGUAUGACCUGCUCACCGAAGGCACUCGGGCCUCGCUGGUCAUCCAUGCAGUCUCACUCAAAGACUCGGGCAAAUACACAUGUGAGACGGAGUCUUCCAAAAGCACAGCCAGUCUCCGAGUGGAAGAAAAGGCAAACCGGUUCACAGAGCCGUUGGCUGACCUGCAUGUGGAGGAGAAGGGCACAGCCACGUUCACCUGCAAGACGGAGCACCCCGCGGGCUCGGUGACCUGGCGCAAGGGCCUCACGGAGCUGCGGGCCUCGGGGAAGCACGCGCCCAGCCAGGAGGGCCUGACCUUGCGGCUCACCAUCAGCGCCCUGGAGAAGGCAGACAGUGACACCUACACCUGCGACAUUGGCCAGGCCCAGUCCCAGGCUCGGCUGCUGGUGAAAGGCCAGAAAGUGCUCAUCACAGAGGACCUGGAGGACGUGGAGGUGCAGGAGGGCUCCUCGGCCACCUUCUGCUGCCGCAUCUCCCCUGCCGACUACAGGCCUGUCCACUGGUUCUUGGACAAGACACCCCUGUCUGCCAAUGAACUCAAUGAGAUCGAGGUCCAGCCCGGUGGCUACCAUGUGCUCACCCUGAAGCAGCUGGCGCUCAAGGACUCGGGCACCGUCCAUUUUGAGGCAGGCGACCAGCGAACCUCAGCUGCCUUGCAGGUCACAGAAAAGCCAAGUGCUUUCUCCCAGGGGCUCAUCGAUGCCACAGUCACAGAGGGGGAGGAUCUGACCCUGGUCUGCGAGACUUCUGCCUCAGACAGCCCUGUGUGCUGGACCAAGGAUGGGAAGCCCCUGCGGCCAUCGGCCCGGUGCCAGCUGACCUAUGAGGGCCGCCGGGCCCAGCUGGUCAUCACUGAGACCACCCUGCAGGACAGCGGGCGCUACAAGUGUGAGACUGCGGGCGCCUGGAGCAGUUCCAUUGUCAGGGUCCAUGCUCGGCCAGUGCAGUUCCGAGAGGGCCUGAAGGACGUGGAGGUGCUGGAGGGGGGUGCUGCCACCCUGCGCUGCGUGCUCUCAUCCGUGGUCAGGCCUGUGGAGUGGCGGCGUGGGGAUGAGCUUCUGCAGCCUGGAGGCAAGUACAGCUUGCGACAGGACGGGACUGUGCUGGAGCUGGUGGUCCGAGACCUGCGGCCUCAGGACAGUGGGCAGUACUUCUGCAGUUUUGGGGACCAGAUGACGUCGGCCAGGCUCACCGUAAAGGCUCUGCCUGCUGAGUUCAUAGGAAGACUGAGAAACAAGGAGGUCGCGGAAGGGACCACAGCCACAUUCCGCUGUGAACUCAGCAAGGAAGCCCCCGUGGAGUGGAGGAAGGGGCCCGAGACCCUCAGAGCCGGGGACAGAGCGAGCCUGAGGCAGGACGGGGCCGUGUGUGAGCUGGAGAUCCGUGAGCUGACCGUGGAGGAUGCUGGAGAAUAUUCAUGUGUGUGCGGGCAGGAGAAGACCUCAGCCACGCUCACCGUCAGGGCUUUGCCUGCUGAGUUCACAAGAAGACUGAGAGGCAAGGAGGCCACAGAAGGGGCCACAGUCACCCUGCGCUGUGAGCUGAGCAAGGCGGCCCCCGUGGAGUGGAGGAAGGGGCCCGAGACCCUCCGAGCCGGGGACCGAGCGAGCCUGAGGCAGGAGGGGGCCGUGUGUGAGCUGGAGAUCCGUGACCUUGCGGUGGAGGAUGCUGGGGAGUACUCGUGUGUGUGCGGGCAGGAGAAGACGUCAGCCGCGCUCACCGUCAGGGCCCUGCCUGCCAAGUUCACAAAGGGUCUGAGAAAGGAGGAGGCCAUGGAAGGGGCCACAGCCAAGCUGCACUGUGAGCUGAGCAGGGUGGCCCCCGUGGAGUGGAGGAAGGGGCCCGAGACCCUCAGAGCCGGGAACAGAGUGAGCCUGAGGCAGGAGGGGGCCGUGUGUGAGCUGGAGAUCCGUGACCUGACCGUGGAGGAUGCUGGAGAAUACUCAUGUGUGUGCGGGCAGGAGAAAACCACAGCCACGCUCACCGUCAGGGCCCUGCCUGCCAAGUUCACAAAAGGUCUGAGGAAGGAAGAGGCCUUGGAAGGGGCCACAGCCAACCUGUGCUGUGAGCUGAGCAAGGUGGCCCCUGUGGAGUGGAGGAAGGGGCCCGAGACCCUCAGAACUGGAGACAGACUGCAGGUGAAGCAGGAGGGAGCCAUGUGUGAGCUGGAGAUCCGUGACCUGACCGUGGAGGAUGCUGGGGAGUACUCGUGUGUGUGUGGGCAGGAGAAAACCUCAGCCACGCUCACCGUCAGGGCCCUGCCUGCCAAGUUCACAAAGGGUCUGAGGAAGGAGGAGGCCAUAGAAGGGGCCACAGCCAAGCUGCGCUGUGAGCUGAGCAAGGCGGCCCCCGUGGAGUGGAGGAAGGGGCCCAAGGCCCUCAGAGCCGGGGACAGAGUGAGCCUGAGGCAGGAGGGAGCCGUAUGUGAGCUGGAGAUCCGUGAGCUCACCGUGGAGGAUGCUGGGGAGUACUCAUGUGUGUGUGGGCAGGAGAUGACCUCAGCCACGCUCACCAUCAGGGCCCUGCCCACCAAGUUCACAAGGGGCCUGAAGAAGGAGGAGGCCACAGAAGGGACCACGGUCACACUGCGCUGUGAGCUGAGCAAGGUGGCCCCCGUGGAGUGGAGGAAGGGGCCCGAGACGCUCAGAGCCGGGGACAGAGUGAGCCUGAAGCAGGAGGGAGCUGUGUGUGAGCUGGAGAUCCGUGGCCUGACCGUGGAGGACGCAGGGGAGUACUCCUGCGUGUGUGGGCAGGAGAGGACCUCAGCCACGCUCACCAUCAAGGCCCUGCCUGCCAAGUUCAUAAAGGGUCUGAGGAAGGAAGAGGCCACGGAAGGGACCACAGCCAAGCUGCACUGUGAGCUGAGCAAGGCGGCCCCUGUAGAGUGGAAGAAGGGGUCUGAGAUCCUCAGAGCUGGGGACAGAGUGAGCCUGAGGCAAGAUGGAGCUGUGUGUGAGCUGGAGAUCCGUGACCUGACCAUGAAGGAUGCUGGGGAGUACUCGUGUGUGUGCGGGCAGGAGAAAACCUCAGCCACGCUCACUGUCAGGGCCCUGCCUGCCAAGUUCACAAAGGGUCUGAGGAAGGAAGAGGCCAUGGAAGGGUCCACAGCCAAGCUGCGCUGUGAGCUGAGCAAGGUGGCCCCUGUGGAGUGGAGGAAGGAGCCCAAGACCCUCAGAGCCGGGGACAGAGUGAGCCUGAAGCAGGAGGGAGCCGUGUGUGAGCUGGAGAUCCGUGACCUGACCAUGGAGGAUGCUGGAGAAUACUCAUGUGUGUGCGGGCAGGAGAAAACCUCAGCCACGCUCACUGUCAGGGCCAUGCCUGCUCGGUUCAUCAAAGAACUGAAGACCAAGGAGGCCACAGAAGGAGCCACAGCCACACUGCAUUGUGAGCUGAGCAAGGUGGCCCCCGUGGAGUGGAGGAAGGGGCCAGAGACCGUCAGAGCUGGAGACAGAGUGAUCCUGAGGCAGGAGGGAGCCGUGUGUGAGCUGGAGAUCCGUGACCUGACCGUGGAGGAUGCUGGAAAGUACUCGUGCGUGUGCGGGCAGGAGACGACCUCAGCCACGCUCACCGUCAGGGCCCUGCCUGCCAAGUUUGCAAAAGGUUUGGGAAAGGAAGAGGCCGUGGAAGGGGCCACAGCCAAGCUGCGCUGUGAGCUGAGCAAGGCGGCCCCCGUGGAGUGGAGGAAGGGGCCCGAGACCCUCAGAGCUGGAGACAGAGUGAGCCUGAGGCAGGAUGGGGCCGUGUGUGAGCUGGAGAUCCGUGACCUGACUGUGGAGGAUGCUGGAGAGUAUUCAUGUGUGUGUGGGCAGGAGAAGACCUCAGCCACACUCACCAUCAGGGCCCUGCCUGCCAAGUUCACAAAGGGUCUGAGGAAGGAGGAGGCCGUGGAAGGGGCCACAGCCAAGCUGCGCUGUGAGCUGAGCAAGGCGGCCCCCGUGGAGUGGAGGAAGGGGCCCAAGACCCUCAGAGCCGGAGACAGAGUGAGCCUGAGGCAGGAGGGAUCCGUGUGUGAGCUGGAGAUCCGUGAGCUGACCGUGGAGGAUGCUGGGGAGUACUCAUGUGUGUGCGGGCAGGAGAAGACCUCAGCCACGCUCACCGUCAGGGCCCUGCUUGCCAAGUUCAUGAAGGGUCUGAGGAAGGAGGAGGCCAUGGAAGGGGCCACAGCCAAGCUGCGCUGUGAGCUGAGCAAGGCGGCCCCUGUGGAGUGGAGGAAGGGGCCCGAGACCCUCAGAGCUGGAAAGAGACUGCGGGUGAAGCAGGAGGGAGCCGUCUGUGAGCUGGAGAUCCGUGACCUGACCAUGGAGGAUGCUGGGGAGUACUCAUGUGUGUGCGGGCAGGAGAAGACCUCAGCCACGCUCACCGUCAGGGCUUUACCAGCUGAGUUCAUAGGGAGGCUGAGAGGCAAGGAGGCCAUGGAAGGGGCCACAGUCACCCUGCACUGUGAGCUGAGCAAGGCGGCCCCUGUGGAGUGGAGGAAGGGGUCUGAGACCCUCCGAGCCGGGGACAGAGUGAGCCUGAGGCAGGACGGAACCGAGUGUGAGCUGGAGAUCCGUGAGCUGGUCUUGACGGAUGCUGGGGAGUACUCGUGUGUGUGCGGGCAGGAGAGGACCUCGGCCGCGCUGACAGUCACGGCCCCACAGGUGGUGUUCCGGAAGCCACUGCAGAGCCUGCAGGCUGAGGAGGGUGCCUCGGCCAGCCUGCAGUGUGAGCUCUCCGAGCCUGGGGCCGCUGUCGUCUGGAGCAAGGGUGGCCUGGAGGUGCAGGCUGAUGAGCGCCGGGAGCCUCGGCAGCGGGGCUGCGUGGCAGAGCUUGUGCUGAGGGGCUUGCGCCGGGAGGACAUGGGCGAGUACACCUGCAGCUGCGGCUCCCAGGCCACGAGCGCCACCCUGUCCGUCACAGCUGCGCCCGUGAGGUUCCUGCGAGAGCUGCAGGCCCAGGAGGUAGACGAGGGCGCGACGGCACGCCUGCACUGCGAGCUGAGCCAGGCGGGCAGCAGCGUGGAGUGGCGCAAGGGCUCCCUGCAGCUCUUCCCGUGUGCCAAGUACCAGAUGGUGCUGGAGGGCACAGCCGCGGAGCUGCUGCUGCACGGCGCCGAGCAGGAGGAUGCUGGCCUCUACACCUGUGACACGGGCCACGCGCAGAGCUCCGCCUGCCUCUCUGUGCGGGCCCCCAGGCCCGUGUUUAGGACGGAGCUGCAGAGUGCCGAGCAGGAGGCGGGCGGCGUGGCCCGGCUGUGCUGCCAGCUGAGUGACGCGGAGGCUGGGACCCCUGUGCUGUGGCUCAAGGAGGGUGUGGAGCUGCACGUGAGCCCCAAGUAUGAGAUGCGGCGCCAGGGGGCCACGUGUGAGCUGCUGAUCCACGGGCUUGAGGCCAAGGACGUGGGCGAGUACAGCUGCGUGGCGGGCAGCCAGAAAACCUUGGCCUUCCUCAAAGUCAAAGAGCCCGAGGUGACCAUCGUGCGGGGCCUGGCUGACACUGAGGUGCAGGCUGAUGGAGAAGCAGAGUUCAGCUGCGAGGUGUCACAGGCUGGCGUGGACGUGGAGUGGCGCCUCCAGGGCCUGCUGCUGCAGAGCAACGAGGUGACCGAGGUCGCGGUCCAGGGCGGCCGCACCCACACACUGAGGCUGAAGAGCGUGACCCCGGAGGACGCCGGCACUGUCUCCUUCCACGCGGGCGGCCACACGUCCUCUGCCCAACUCACCGUCCGAGUUCCUGAGGUGACCAUCCUGGAGCCCCUGCAGGACGCUCAGCUCAGCGAGGGCCAGGACGCCCACUUCCGGUGCCGACUGUCGAGGGCUUUGGGCCAGGAGGCCCACUGGGCCCUGGGAGGGGUGCCCCUGCAGGCCAAUGAGAUGAACGACAUCACGGUGGAGCACGGCACACUCCACUUGCUCACCCUGCACAAGGUGACCCUUGAGGAUGCUGGAACCAUCAGUUUCCAAGUGGGCUCAUGUCGCUCAGAGGCCCAGCUGAAGGUCACAGCCAAGAACACGGUGGUGAGGGGCCUGGAGAACGUGGAGGCGCCCGAGGGCGGCGAGGCGCUGUUCGAGUGCGUCCUGUCCCAGCCGGAGGUGGCCGCCCACACCUGGCUUCUGGAUGAUGAGCCCGUGCGCACCUCGGAGAACGCCGAGGUGGUCUACUUCGAGAAUGGCCUGCGGCACCUGCUGCUGCUCAAAAACCUGCGGCCGCAGGACAGCUGCCGCGUGACCUUCCUUGUGGGGGACAUGGUGACAUCUGCCUUCCUCACCGUCAGAGGCUGGCGCCUGGAGGUCUUGGAGGCGCCCCAGGAUGUGACCGUGCGAGCCGGGGGUCAGGCCAGCUUCAGCUGCACCCUUAGCGAGACGGUGCCCGUGGGUGAGGCGACCUGGUACAUAAACGGAGCCUCCGUGCAGCCCGAUGAUGCGGACUGGACCGUGACCGCCGACGGCAGCCACCACGCCCUGCUGCUGCACCGGGCCCAGCCGCACCACGCCGGCGAGGUCACCUUUGCUGCUCGUGACGCUGUCGCCUCCGCGAGGCUCACUGUGCUGGGCCUCCCCGACCCCCCAGAGGAUGCAGAGGUGGUGGGGCGCAGCGGCAGCUCCGUGACGCUGUCCUGGGUGGCCCCCGCGAGCGACGGCGGAGGGGGUCUCCGUGGCUACCGGGUGGAGAUGAAGGCUGCAGCCACGGGGGAGUGGAGGCUGUGCCACGACCUGGUGCCCGGGCCCGAGUGUGUGGUGGCCGGCCUGGCCCCCGGGGAGACCUACCGCUUCCGCGUGGCUGCAGUGGGCCCAGCAGGCGCUGGGGAGCCCGUGUACCUGCCCCAGACGGUGAAGCUUGAGCCCCUGGAACCCAGGCCUGCAGUCCCCGCCCCCGAGAGCCGGCAGGUGGCGGCCGGGGAGGACUUGUAUCUGGAGUGCGAGGUUGCCGAGGCGGGUGAGGUCGUCUGGCUGAAGGGAACAGAGCGCAUCCAGCCGAGCGGGCGCGUCCAGGUCCUCUGCCAGGGUCAGCGGCAGAUGCUGUUGAUCCGGGGCUUCUCCGCAGAGGACCAGGGCGAGUACCGCUGCGCCCCUGCACGGGAGUCAGCCUCUGGGUCAGCUGCUGCUUUCCAGGUGGUGCUGACCCCAGAAUCUGGGGAGGAGGCCCCCGCUCAGCCCAGCCUGCCCCCCGAGGCCGCCCAGGAGGGCGACCUGCACCUGCUGUGGGAGGCGCUGGCCCGGAAGCGCCGCAUGAGCCGCGAGCCCACGCUGGACUCCAUCAGCGAGCUGCCCGAGGAGGACGGCCGCCCGCCAGGCCCGCGGCUGGAGGCCGAGGAGGCCGCGCCUGACCUCUCAGAGGAGUACUCCACGGCCGAUGAGCUGGCGCGCACCGGCGAGGCUGACCUCUCGCACACCAGCUCUGAUGAUGAGUCCCGAGCAGGCACGCCCUCUCUGGUUACCUACCUCAAGAAGGCCGGGAGGCCCAGCGCCUCGCCACUGGCCAGCAAGGUUGGGGCCCCAGCAGCCCCCUCCGGGAAGCCACAGGAAAAGCAGCAGGAGAAGUCACCUGCAGUACACCCACCGCCAGGAGGCCUGAGCGCUGGGGACCUGGGCGACCCGACCUUGGACCAGGCUGCAGUGAAGAUCCAGGCGGCCUUCAAGGGUUAUAAGGUCCGGAAGGAGAUGCAGCAGCAGGAGGGGCCCGUGCUCCGCUGCACGUUUGGGGACACUGUGGCCCAGGUGGGAGACGUCCUGCAUCUGGAGUGUGUCGUGUCCAGCAAGACCGAUGUGCACGCCCGCUGGCUGAAGGAUGGCGUGGAGCUGACGGACAGCCGGCACCACCACAUCGACCAGCUUGCGGACGGCACCUGUUCUCUGCUGGUCACCAGCCUGGGCCGGGCUGACGCCGGCCGUUACACCUGUCAGGUGAGCAACAAGUUUGGCCACGUGGCCCACAGUGCCAGCGUGGCGGUCAGUGGCACGGAGAGUGAGAACGAGAGCUCCUCUGGGGGCGAGCUGGAUGACACCUUCCGCCGGGCUGCCCGGCGGCUGCACCGCCUCUUCCGCACUAAGGGCCCAGCGGAGGUCUCGGACGAGGAGAUCUUCUUCAGCGCUGACGAGGGCAAGGCAGAGCCUGAGGAGCCCGGGGACUGGCAGACAUACCGCGAAGACGAGCACUCCAUCUGCAUCUGCUUUGAGACGCUGGCGGAGGCCCGCCAGGCAGCCAGCCGCUUCCAGGAGAUGUUUGGCGUGUUGGGCAUCCGCGUGGACAUCAGCCUGUCCGAGCAGGGACCGCGCAGGGCGGAGAUGCGCAUCGGGAAGGUGGCACCCGCCCCUUCAGCCCCACUGGACCCAGCGCUGACAGCAGAGGCUGCCCCAGUGUUCCUGACCGAGCUACAGAAUCAGGAGGUGCUGGAUGGGUACCCUGUGAGCUUUGACUGUGUGGUGACAGGCCAGCCUGUGCCCACCGUGCGCUGGUUCAAGGAUGGGAGGAUGCUGGAGGAGGAUGACCACUACAUGAUCAGUGAGGACCAACAGGGUGGCCACCAGCUCAUCAUCACGGCUGUGGUGCCAGCAGACAUGGGCGUCUACCGCUGCCUGGCUGAGAACAGCGUGGGUGUGUCCUCUACAAAGGCAGAGCUCCGAGUGGACCUGACCAGCACCGACUAUGAGACUGCCGCGGACGCCACGGAGACCUCAUCCUACUUCAGCGCCCAGGGCUACCUGUCCAGCCGGGAGCAGGAGGGCACAGAGUCCACCUCAGAGGAGGGGCAGCUGCCCCAGGUCGUGGAGGAGUUGAAAGACCUGCAGGUGGCCCCUGGCACACGGCUGGCCAAGUUCCAGCUCAAGGUGAAAGGCUACCCCACACCCCGACUCUACUGGUUCAAAGACGGGCAGCCCCUGACCGCCUCCGCGCACAUACGUGUGUCGGACAGGAAGACGCUGCACAGCCUGGAGGUUGUCUCGGUCACCGGCGAGGAUGCCGGCCAGUACUCGGCAUACAUCAGCAAUGCCGUGGGUGCCGCUUACUCGUCUGCUCGGCUCCUGGUCCGAGGCCCCAAUGAACCAGAAGAGAAGCCAGCAUUAGAUGCACAGCAGCAGCUGGUGCCACCCCGGUUCCUGGAGAAAUUCACCUCCAAGAAGGUGAAAAAGGGUUCCAGCAUCACUUUCUCCGUGAAGGUGGAAGGAAGCCCGCCGCCGGCUGUGCACUGGUUGCGGGAGGAAGCGGAGCAGGGUGUGCUGUGGAUCGGCCGCCACACGCCAGGCUACACGGUGGCCAGCUCCGCCCAGCAGCACAGCCUGGUCCUGCUGGACGUGGGCCGACAGCACCAGGGCACCUACACCUGCAUCGCCUCCAACGCGGCCGGCCAGGCCAUCUGCUCCGCAGGCUUGCACGUCUCUGGCCUGCCUAAGGAGGCGGGCGCCACGGAGGAGCAGCCCGAGGCGAAGGAGGCCCUCAUCUCCACCUUCCUGCAGGGGACCCAAGCUGUUGCUGCACAGAUGUCAGAACCUGCAGCUUUCACGGACCUUUCUGGGCAGAAGAAAGAGCUCCUGGGAGCAGAGGCCCGUGGCCAUCUGUCCUUGGCCGAGGUGGGCACGGAGGAGUUCCUGAAGAAGCUCACCUCGCAGAUCACAGAGAUGGUGUCGGCCAAGAUCACACAAGCGAGGCUGCAGGUGCCUGGAGUUGACAGUGACGAGGAGUCAAAGACGCCGUCCGCGUCCCCCCGGCAUGGCCGUUCACGCCCCUCUUCCAGCGUCCAGGAGUCGUCCUCGGAGUCCGAGGAUGGGGACUCCCGGGGAGAGAUCUUUGACAUCUACGUGGUCACAGCUGACUACCUGCCCCUGGGGGCUGAGCAGGAUGCCAUCUUGCUGCGGGAGGGCCAGUACGUGGAGGUCUUGGACUCUGCCCACCCCCUGCGCUGGCUCGUGCGCACCAAACCCACCAAAAACAGCCCCUCUCGGCAGGGCUGGGUGUCCCCUGCCUACCUGGACAAGCGGCUCAAGCUGUCUCCCGAGUGGGGGCCAGCGGAGGCCCCUGAGUUCCCUGGGGAGGCUUUGUCAGAGGACGAGUACAAGACAAGGCUGAGUGCCAUCAUCCGGGACCUGCUGAGCUCAGAGCAGUCCUUCGUGGGCGAGCUGCAGUUCCUGCAGAGCCACCACAUGCAGUACCUGGACCGCUGCCCCCACGUGCCCGCAGCCGUGGCCAGCCAGAAGGCGGUCAUCUUCCGAAACGUGCAGGACAUCGGCCACUUCCACAGCAGCUUCUUACAGGAGUUGCGUAGCUGUGACACAGAUGACGAUGUGGCCAUGUGCUUCAUCAAGAACCAGGCAGCCUUUGAGAAGUAUCUGGAAUUCCUGGUGGGCCGAGUGCAGGCUGAGUCGGUGAUGGUCAGCACAGCCGUGCAGGAGUUCUACAAGAAAUACACCGAGGAGGUGCUGUCAGCCGCGGACCCCUCGCAGCCACCGCCCCCACCGCUGCAGCACUUCCUGGAGCAGCCGGUAGAGCGGGUCCAGCAGUACCAGGCCCUGCUCAAGGAGCUGAUCCGCAACAAGGCACGGAACGGCCAGAAUUGCGCGCUGCUCGAGCAAGCCUACGCGGUGGUGUCGGCCCUGCCGCAGCGAGCGGAGAACCAGCUGCACGUGUCGCUCAUGGAGAACUACCCUGGCACCCUGGAGGCCCUGGGCGAGCCCAUCCGCCAGGGCCACUUCAUCGUGUGGGAAGGGGCGCCGGGCGCGCGGAUGCCCUGGAAGGGCCACCAUCGGCACGUCUUCCUGUUCCGCCACCACCUGGUGGUCUGCAAGCCCCGGCGGGACUCGCGCACCGACACCUUCAGCUAUGUCUUCCGGAACAUGAUGAAGCUGAGCAGCAUCGACCUGAACGACCAGGUGGAGGGCGAUGACCGAGCCUUUGAGAUCUGGCACGAGCGGGAGGACUCCGUGCGCAAGUACCUGCUACAGGCACGGACUGUCAUCACCAAGAACUCCUGGGUGAAGGAGAUCUGUGGCAUCCAGCAGCGCCUGGCCUUGCCCAUCUGGCGCCCCCCCAAUUUUGAAGAAGAACUGGCCGACUGCACAGCUGAGCUGGGCGAGACAGUCAAGCUGGCCUGCCGUGUGACGGGCACACCCAAGCCCAUUGUCACCUGGUACAAAGAUGGGAAGCCAGUGGAGGUGGACCCUCACCACAUCCUCAUUGAAGACCCCGAUGGCUCCUGUGCACUCAUCCUGGACAACUUGACUGGUGCUGACUCUGGCCAGUACAUGUGCUUUGCAGCCAGUGCUGCUGGCAAUGCCAGCACGCUGGGCAAAAUAUUGGUGCAAGUCCCGCCUCGGUUUGUGAACAAGGUCCGGGCAGUGCCCUUUGUGGAUGGAGAAGAUGCCCAGAUCACCUGCACCAUCGAAGGUGCCCCAUAUCCUCAGAUCAGGUGGUACAAGGACGGCGCCCUGCUGACCCCUGGGGGCAAAUACCAGGCCCUGAGUGAGCCCCGCAGCGGCCUGCUGGUGCUGGAGAUCCAGGCGGCGGGCACGGAGGACCUGGGCGUCUAUGAGUGUGAGUUGGUGAACCGGCUGGGCUCCAAACGGAGCCGUGCGGAGCUGCUCAUGCAGAGCCCUGUGCUGCAGGCCCGGGAACAGCACCACGUGGAGCGGCUCGCGGCCAUGGAAGUCAUUGAACAGGAGACUAAGGUCCCCAAGAAAACCGUCAUCAUAGAGGAGACCAUUACCACUGUGGUGAAGAGCCCCCGUGGCCGACGCCAGUCCCCCAGCAAGUCUCCCUCCCGCUACGGUCACCCCGCCAGCCUGCCCAGGCCAGGCCUGCUGCCUGCUGAGGUGCCUCCUUCGCCAGAGGCCAGCCGACCCUCCAGGCCCGAGGCAGAGCCAGGCUGGCGGCCCGCUGUGCCCACUCUGUUCGUGACGGAGCCUGAGACCCACACGGCAGGCCUGCCGGGGGGCACCAGGCCCCAGCCCAAAUGGGUGGAGGUUGAGGAGACCAUUGAAGUCCGGGUGAAGAAGGCCGGCUCAAAGGGUGUGUCUCUGGCCAGAGAGACGCCUGGCAGCUCUGAGGAGCUUUGCUUCACGCUGCCUGGAAGGGUGUCUGGAGGAGACCCAAAUACAAACAACUCCAACAACAAGCUGCUGACCCAGGAGCCCCCAGCCACAGUCACUGCUGGAGAGCCCCUAAUCUUCUGCGUGGAAACAGGGCCAGAGAGCCCUGAGCCGUCCCCUCCCUGGGGUGAUGAAGAGGAAACCCCCCUGGAGGAGGAGAGAGAUGCCUCCCAGGGGGAGGAGCCGCUGGGUGCUGAUGGUCUGCAGGGCCGUGACCCCAAGAUCCUCAUGCACCAUGGCCGUGCCCUCACCCUGGCUGACCUGGAGGAUUACGUGCCCGAGGAAGGGGAGACCUUCGGCUGCAGUGGCCCCAGGCCGAGUGCUGCUGAUGACCCGCCCUGCGAAAUCUCGGUGCUGCAGAGAGAGAUCGGCGAGCCCACCGUGGGGCAGCCCGUCCUGCUGAAUGUGGGGCGCCCCCCAGACUCCCGGGCCCCCCCUGGCUGCUUCGGCCGCGUGCCCAGGCCCCGGGAGGCGUUUCCAUCGGGGCCGCAGGGCCGGGGCCCCACAGGCGUCUCCUUCUGCUUUCGGGAGGCCCGGGCUGGAGGUGCCGCGACCCAGAAGCCUUCCUUCUGCACUCAGGUUCAGCGCUCUGCAGACAGUGGCCAGAGCAGUUUCAAAACCGAGGUUUCAACCCAGACGGUCAGCUUUGGGACUGUGGGGGAGACUGUCACCCUACACAUUCGCCCAGACCGGGACAUGGACCCCAGCCCCUCCCAGGACGCUGCCGUCCCAGCCCCCGCUGCCCCAGGGCAGGAGAGCACGCCCAUCCAGAGGACACAGACGUGCCCUGAGGCUCCAGGACCUUCCACAGGGGAUCACAGCAGCCCCAGCCCCAGCCCUGGAGGGCCGCCUGCACUCCAGGAGGCCAGCCCGGAGCCCCCAGCUGUGGAGGCUGGGGCUGCAUCCGGCGAGCCCCCGAAGGCGCCUCAGGCUCACUCCCAAGAGGGCCUGGGGCAGACGGCUCAGGCACACGCUGAGGUCCCAGAACGUACGGUGCCCAUCCGGAUGGAGGGCCCUGCCUGGCCAGGAGCAGGUGAGCUCUGGGACGUCCACAGCCACGUGUUCAUGGAGACCACACACAGGACGUAUGUGUAUCAGACCAGCGACACGCCUGCUGCAAGCCCACCGUCCAUGCAGGUCACCAUUGAGGACGUGCAGGCCCAGAGCGGCGGUACGGCGCAGUUCCAGGCUGUCAUUGAGGGCAACCCGCAGCCCACAGUGACCUGGUACAAGGAUGGCACCCAGCUGGGAGCUGACCCCCGGCUCAGCCAGCAGCAGGAAGGGACCACCUACUCCCUGGUACUCAGGGACGUGGCCCAGCACGACGCGGGUGUCUACACGUGCCUGGCCCACAACCCUGGCGGCCAGGUGCUGUGCAAGGCAGAGCUGCUGAUCCACGGGGCCUCCCCUUCCCUGGCUACGCGGGACAGUGAGCGCAGCUCUAGGAGGAAACUGCACUCCUUUUAUGAGGUCAUGGAGGAAAUUGGAAGGGGUGUGUUCGGCUUCGUGAAGAGGGUGCAGCACAAGGGCAACCAGAUGGCCUGCGCUGCCAAGUUCAUUCCGCUGCGGAGCAGGACGCGUGCCCAGGCUUAUCGAGAGCGGGACAUCCUAGCAGGCCUGAGCCACCCUCUGGUCACUGCGCUGCUGGACCAGUUUGAGACCCGGAAGACCCUGAUCCUCAUUCUGGAGCUGUGCUCGUCGGAGGAGCUGCUGGACCGCCUGUUCAAGAAGAGUGUGGUGACCGAGGCCGAGGUCAAAGUCUACAUCCAGCAGCUGGUGGAGGGGCUGCACUUCCUGCACAGUCAAGGCAUCCUUCACCUGGACAUAAAGCCCCCCAACAUCCUGAUGGUGCAUCCUGCCCGGGAAGACAUUAAAAUCUGUGAUUUUGGCUUUGCCCAAAAAAUCACCCCGGGAGAGCCACAGUACAGCAAGUAUGGCUCCCCUGAGUUUGUGGCCCCCGAGAUCAUCGAGCAGACCCCCGUGAACGAGGCUUCCGACAUCUGGGCCAUGGGGGUCAUCACCUACCUCAGCCUGACCUGCUCAUCCCCAUUUGCUGGAGAGAGUGACCGAGCAACCCUUCUGAAUGUCCUGGAAGGGCGGGUGUCCUGGAGUAGCCCCAUGGCCACCCACCUCAGUGAGGAUGCCCAGGACUUUAUCAAGGCUGCUCUGCAGAAGGCCGUGGGGGCUCGGCCCAGUGCUGCCAAGUGCCUCGCCCACCCCUGGUUCCAGAAGUCUGUGCCCGCGGAGGAGGCCCACUUCAUCAACACCAAACAGCUAAAGUUCCUCCUGGCCCGCAGUCGCUGGCAGCGCUCUCUGAUGAGCUACAAGUCCAUCCUGGUGAUGCGUUCUAUCCCGGAGCUGCUCCAGGGCCCGCCUGACAGCCCGUCCCUCGGGAUUGCUCGGCACCUGCGUGACGACGCCAGCGCCUCCUCCAGCAGCUCCUCCUCCUCCGACAACGAGUUGGCCCCGUUCGCCAGGGCCAAGUCGCUGCCAUCCUCCCCGGUGACCCACUCCCCGCUGCUGCACCCCCGGGGCUUCCUGAGGCCUUCGGCCAGCCUGCCUGAGGAGGCCGAGGCCUGUCUACCUGCCUCCGCCUCUGCUCUGCCCGCAUCGCUGCAGGGCGAGGAGCCAGCAGCUGCCCUGGGCUGUGUGCCCCGGCAGAGUGUCAUCCGAAGCCUGUUCUACCAGCAGGUGGGCGAGGGCCCAGAGCUAGGGGGCCCGUCCACAGGGGGCCGGCGGCACCCCGCCCGGCGGAGGCACCUUCUCAAGGGUGGCUACUUCUCGGGCGUCCUGCCGGGACUUCGAGAGCCACUGCUGGAGCAUCGUGCACUGGAGGAGGCGGCUGCCAUGGAGGAGCAGGCUGCCCUGCAGGCCACAGCAGCCUCCUUGGAGACGGCCGUGCAGAUGCCCAGAGCAAGCACCCAGGAGGCCUCUGGCUCCAGCCGCUCCCUGGACCUUGACCCACCGAACACUGCCAGUUCCUCCACCAAGGCCUGCAGCAAGGGGCAGUGUCCCGCUCCGGCUCCCCUGAGCCCUCAGGAUGCCCGAGAAGAGGGCGUGCCUGGAGGGGGUGCACGUGCCAGGGAGAAGGAGCAUCCAGAGGGGACCCUGCAGGGGCUGAGACUACCAUCCGCCAGUGGUGAUGCGUGUUCCACUCAGCCAGAGGGGUCGUCCCAGGACCGCUGUGGAGGGCAGGCCGCCCCUUUCUCUCAGCCCCAGUGGGUCCCGGCCCCCCAGGACAGUGGCCCCCCUGUGGCCUUGGCACCACAGCCUCCUGGUUCCUUCCCUUCAGGGCCCUGCACAGAGGCCCUCUUGUCAUCCCCCAGCCCUUCCUUCCCAGGAAAGCCUCAGGCCUCUCUGCCCCCUGCCCAAGCAAGCCCCCAGGCAGACUCUCAGAGCGGGCUGAAGGCUGUCCCUCUCACCAAGAGGCCUGGACCACCCAAGCCCCCAGAGCCAGCCUCCCAGAUGGGCACGGAGCCUAGCCACUCCCUGGACGCUGAAGGCCUGGUCCAGGAGACGGAGGACCUGUCCCAGCCUUCACCCAGCCUACAGCGGCCUCAGGAGCAGGCGACCACGCGGAAGUUCUCCCUGGGGUGCCGUGGGGGCUACGCAGGGGUGGCGGGCUACGGCACCUUUGCCUUUGGGGGGGACGCCGGUGGCAUGCUGGGGCAGGGCCCCAUGUGGGCCAAGAUGACCUGGGCCGUCUCUCAGUCCUCAGAGGAGCAGGACGAGGCAGGGACUGAGAGCCCACCGCCCCAGGCCAGCACGGCGCCUGUACCCGAGGGCGAUAGAGCCCUCCCGAGGGCUGCCCAGGAGUUGAGCUCAUGGGAGGACUUCGGCGAGGGCUCUCAGGUGUCGCUCGUACAGAUCCGGGACCUGUCCGGGGACUCAGAAGCAGCAGACACCGUGUCCCUGGACAUCUCAGAGGUGGAUCCUGCCUACCUCAACCUGUCCGAUCUGUAUGACAUCAAAUAUCUCCCAUUUGAGUUCAUGAUCUUUAGGAAGAUCCCCAAGCCGGUGGAGCCGGAGCGCCCAUCCUCCCCUGAGUCUGAGGCUGGGGAGGAGCUGGCUGAGCUCCCCGAGGCUGCGUGGCCCUGGCCAGCCAGCCUGGAGAUCACGGAGGAGCCAGAGGACGUGGAGGCCCUGCUCGGGAAAGCUGCCGGCGGCAGGAAGCGCAAGUGGUCACCCCCUUCCGGCAGUCUCUUCCACUUCCCCGGAAGGCACUCGCUGCCGGAGGAGCCCACAGAGCUGGGGCUGCGCCAGAGGGUGAAGGCCUCGGUAGCCCACAUCUCCCGCCUCCUGAGGGGCAGGCCUGAAGGUCUGGAGAAGGAGGGCCCUCCCCGGAAGAAGGCAGGUCUCGCUUCCUUCCGCCUGUCAGGCCUGAAGAGCAAGGACCGAGCACCGUCAUUCCUAAGGGAGCUCUCAGAUGAGACGGUGGUCCUGGGCCAGUCUGUGACUCUGGCCUGCCAGGUGUUGGCCCAGCCAGCUGCACAGGCCACCUGGAGCAAAGACGGGGCUCUUCUUGAGAGCAGCAGCCGCCUCCUCAUCUCCUCUACGCUCAAGAACUUCCAGCUUCUGACCAUCCUGGUGGUGACUGCUGAGGACCUGGGCGUGUACACGUGCAGUGUGAGCAAUGCGCUGGGGACAGCGGCCACCACGGCCAUCCUCCGCAAGGCAGAGCGCCCCUCUUCCUCGCCACGGCCGGACAUCGGGGAGGUGCAUGCAGACGGGGUGCUGCUGGUCUGGAAGCCUGUGGAGUCAUACGGCCCUGUGACCUACAUUGUGCAGUGCAGCCUGGAAGGCGGCAGCUGGAACACGCUGGCCUCAGACGUCUUUGACUGCUGCUACCUCACCGGCAAGCUUUCCCGGGGUGGGGCGUACACCUUCCGGACGGCCUGCGUCAGCAAGGCGGGCAUGGGCCCCUACAGCAGCCCCUCGGAGCAGGUCCUCCUGGGAGGGCCCAGCCGCCUGGACUCUGAAGAGGAGAGCGGUGCUGCGGGGCCAGCCCGGCCCCUCCCCAGCAUGCAGACCUUCGCCUUCCAGACGCAGAUGAGAAGGGGCCGCUUCAGCGUGGUGCGGCAGUGCCGGGAGAGGGCCAGUGGGCGCGUGCUGGCUGCCAAGAUCGUGCCCUACCACCCCGCGGACAGGACUGCCGUGCUGCGGGAGUACGAGGCCCUCAAGGGCCUACGCCACCCACACCUGGCGCAGCUGCAGGCUGCCUACCUCAGCCCAAGGCACCUGGUCCUCAUCCUGGAGCUGUGCUCCGGGCCUGAGCUGCUCCCCUGUCUGGCUGAGAGGGCCUCCUACUCGGAAUCAGAGGUGAAGGACUAUCUGUGGCAGAUACUAAGUGCCACCCAGUACCUGCAUGCCCAGGGUAUCCUGCAUCUAGACCUCAGGUCGGAGAACAUGAUUGUCACAGAGUAUAACCUGCUCAAGGUCAUCGACUUCGGAAACGCCCAGAGCUUGGCCCAGGAGAGGGUCCUGCCCUCAGAGAGAUUCAAGGACUACAUGGAGACCAUGGCUCCGGAGCUCCUGGAGGGCCAGGGUGCUGUCCCGCAGACUGACAUCUGGGCCAUAGGCGUUACAGCCUUCAUCAUGUUGAGCGCUGAGUACCCGGUGAGCGGUGAGGGAACGCGAGACACGCAGAAGGGCCUGCGCAAGGGGCUCAUCCAGCUGAGCCGCUGCUAUGCCGGCCUGUCUGGGGGCGCUGUGGCCUUCCUCCGAAGCACACUGUGUGUGCACCCCUGGGUCCGGCCGUGUGCGUCCAGCUGCCUGCACAGCCCGUGGCUGACGGAGGAGGGCCCGGCCAGCUCCCAGCCCGCGGCCGUGGCCUUCCCAACCACGGGCCUGCGCGUGUUUGUGCGAGAGCGCGAGAAGAGGCGGGCACUGCUCUACAAGAAACACAGCCCGGCCCGCGUGCGCUGA